AUGUCAGCUGUCAAUGACACCAAAUUCCAAUCUGCCGUGUUCCUCCUCACCGGGCUACUUGGGCACGAAAAUGUCCAUCUCUGGAUGUCUAUCCCUUUCUGCAUCAUGUAUUUCAUUUCCAUAGUAGGCAAUUCAGUCAUUCUGUUCAUUAUAAAAAGAGAUCCAAGCCUUCAUGAGCCCAUGUACAUUCUGCUAUCCAUGCUGGCUCUCACAGACAUUGGCAUAUCAAUAGGCACCAUACCAACAACAUUGGGUGUAUUCUUGUUUAACUCUAGGGAAAUCAACCUCCAUGCUUGUUUUGCCCAGCUGUUCUUCAUCCACACAUUUACAUUCAUCGAAUCCUCUGUGCUCUUCUUCAUGGCUUGUGACCGCUUUGUUGCUAUCAGAUACCCGUUGAGAUACACUUCCAUUUUAACCCUGCCAAGAAUAGCCAAGAUGGGGCUGGUGUCUGUGCUAAGAGGGGUGGCAGUAGUAUUCCCACUCCCCCUUCUCCUGAAGCGGUACCAAUACUGUCAAGACAAUGUCCUUUCCCAUUCCUACUGCCUGCACCAGGAGGUCAUGAAGUUGGCUUGUUCAGAUAUCAGAGUCAGCAGCUUCUAUGGCUUGUUUGUUACAGUCUCCACAGUGGUGUUAGAUUCACUGCUCAUCCUGCUCUCCUAUGUGAUGAUUCUCAAAACAGUGCUGAGCAUCGCAUCCCAAGCAGAGUGCCUCAGGGCCCUGAACACCUGCGUCUCCCACCUCUGUGCCGUCCUGCUCUUCUAUGUACCAGGGAUUGGCUUGUCUUUAAUACAGAGAUUUGGGAAUAGCUCUUCUCCCCUGCUUCAGAUUCUCAUGGGCUACAUCUACCUGCUGGUCCCACCCACGAUGAACCCAAUUGUAUACAGUGUGAAAAGCAAACACCUCCGUGCGAGGAUCAUUAAGAUGUUCAUCAAGUGA